AUGAUCACGGACUCAUAUCCUAUCAAAGAAGUUGAUGAUGUCAUCUUCGAAGUUGACUGCGAUGCAAUCUAUCCAGAAUCGGUUGCUGGAGAUGAUGAACCCGAUGAAUUCAACAACGUCAUUUACUCUUUCCGUCUCCAGCCUACGAAAUAUGACAAAAAGGAUUAUGUGUCUUCUCUGCGUUCUUAUCUCAAGAUCGUUAAGAACAGGCUUAAGAAUAUUGGAAAGAAUCCCGAGUACAUUGCCAAUUUCGAGAAAAAUGCGCAAGAUUUCUUGAAGACAAAGCUACUUCCCAACUUCGACGACUUGGAAUUUUACACCGGAGAAAGUAUGGAUGUCGAUGGAAUGAUUGCCGUAAUGGGAUAUCGGGAGGAUGGUACCACACCUUAUUUCAUGUUCUGGAAGGAUGGCCUUGAAGAGAUGAGAAUUUGA